UUUAUUACAGUAAUGAAGAAAAAUAAGCAGAAAAAAGAAGAUGUACAAAAAUAGCGAAACAGAGCCUCUAUUGCAUCGUUACUUACCUAUGCAAUAAAUUUCUUUUACGGACAUCCAUCAAGUAUUUAUAUAAGAGUGUUGCUUACAAUUUAUUUUCUUGAACUUACACAAAAAAAUUAAAUGAAAAAAUCAAUCACGUGAACAUCUUAAUAUAUAUCUUACUGUAACACACUUCUAAUUUUUAUUCAUGACAUGCUCCCUAUAGAGAGGGAGAAAAUAAACUAUAACCACAGUACGAAGUACGAAUUGAAAAUUGUAAACACAACAACGACCAUCAGAGUCCUCAGUUAUCAGAGCAUAUAUGACGCUCUCUAGCUGAGACUUGAGAGUACUGGUCAAGCAGAGAGGCUGUCAAAAAUCAAUGAAAACCCCUUUGGAUUGUAGAAAUGGGGGAUACCGAGGACUUGAGCAGCCUAAGCAAGGAAGAGCUGGCUGAAUUUCAGAGAGUUAAUUCUGAAACCAUCUUUUCCCUGGAAGAAGAAAUCAAAUUGUUGAAAACGCAAAUCAAACAGUUUGGGCCAGAUCGAUUGCCAUCUCAUCCCUAUCAAGUUGUGCAAAGGCCCAAUGGAGGGACCAAUGUCGCUGAUGUACAGAAUAUGCUGGAGGCAGACAUCAAGAAAUAUUCUCAUAGGCUUGCUGAAACAGCCAGACUUACAGACAUCACCAUAGAGAAAGUACAGCGAGAGGUCCUGGAGAUGGAUGAGUUUCGUUGCAAGAAGCGGUUUUCUUUGGAGCUGAAGGUUUUUGACAGAACUGUUCACCUCGUCUAUGAUAUGCAGGAAACUCUGGCCAGUAGUCACACUGAACACGAGUCCCAUCCAGCAGGCUGCAUGAUCACCUGGUUUGAGGUCACAUUUGAGCAGGACAUCAACGACGCUAUAGGAGAGAUGAUCGCUGAGGCUGCUGAUGAGGUUGCCAUACAUUCAGUGUUCAGCCUGCUUAAGACGUACCUUCUGUGGGUCAAGACCAGACGUCAGUUAGUGGAACAUUUUUCACAGAUGUACCCAGAGCUUGUGACAGUGGACAUUGAGGAGAACAGGGUGAAGCUGACUAUCUCAAACCCAAAACCUGACCACCCCAAAUUCAUUCUGGACUGGGGCAGAAAAACAGUCAACUAUUGGGUGGAGCCAGACAUCAGGCUGAGUGUGGAGGCACCGCAAGCAUUGAUAGCUAUGGAUGACAAAGGGAUUUUACACGAGGCUCCAGAGAUGUUCUCAGUGAUGGUCAAGUCUCACGGCUUAGAAAAGGCCAUCACUUGUCUGGUCAAGCUAGUGGCAUCCACGGGUCCCCAGGGGCAGACGACGGAUGAUAUGUCAUAGCGACCUGUUUGAUGAACUUUGAGCAGUUUUUAGAUGCUCAUGUUGUUUUAAAUUUAGACUGAACAAUUUUCUUGCUGCUUCUUCUUUACUAUCAAACCUCUAUCGCCUUUAUCUCCCCUUCUUCUUUUUCCUGUUUGUUACUCCCUUUAACACCUCUAAUCUUCGGCACUUAUAUGACCUUAUUGUGUUGCAAGUUCCGUAAAACACUUACUGAAACUAAAACUCAUAUUAAAAGAUGUCCUUCUUUUCUCAUAUGACCUUUCAGAUAAAGCCUUAUAGUAUAGCAAGGAGGUAUAACGCAAAAACAUCUCUAAAAUCAGUGCUUCCAGAAUUCCGCAAAUGGAAAAAUUUCCAUGAAAAUUCGUGCAAAAAACCAAUAUUUUUACUAAUUAUUUUCAAAAAUGCGAAAUAGAAAAUUGCCGUAUUUACUAAUAGUCUCUAAUAGCCAACCUAUACCGGAAGUGCUCUUUUAUUUGAAAGUGUAGACAGUGUCUUUUACUUUCACUUUCUAAAGCACAAGCAGAACACCAGCACUGUAACUGUAAACAAGAGGAAGACAUGACGAUUGUGGUUCAAUUGAUCUUGGGCCUACCAAGAAAAGAAAACUCUGAAGAGAGCUUGAUUUUUUCAUCAGACUUGUUUAUUUGUACAUAUUGUUGAGGAUUUAAGUUGAAUAUAACCUGUCAAGUUAUUUAGAUUUAGAAUCUAGAUUCUAGCUGUUAUACUAUUAAGUAUUUAUUAAGGAUUCUACACAUAAUGGUGCAAUUAGUGAAAACCAACACAAAGUUAAGCAUUAACUGUCAAGUUUUAUAGAUCAAGCUGUUAUACUACUGUAGUGGAUGUACAGUAUCGGUACAAAGGGAGAAAGCAUGGCUUUGGAUUUAUAUGGAUUAACACGAGCAGAAAAUUAUGAAUGCAAGGUAUGUUUUUUUCUCACUUAUUUUCUUGUUAAAUUUGGGCUUGAAUAGCCAGAAAUGGCAUACUUAUGAUGCCCUGAAACCAAAAAAUCUUUAACGUAAGGGGGGCGCUGUCCCCCUUCAAAACCCUGCCAGGGCGCUGCCCUGGACCCGAAAAUCCUCGAAAUAUGACAUCCGCUGCUGGAAGCUCUGUAAAAUGUAACUGAUUUUUUUUUUUGAAUCUACGGUUACCAUGGUAACGACAGCCAUAUAUUGAAAUUUGACAACUUUUGUAAAUAUAACUAGCCAAAUUUGUUGACACGUGUUAUCUGUAUCUGUGUGUCUGAUUUUUUAUCGCUGUUCUCUAUUUUGUUCUUAAUGAUUUGUACUGGUGCAUAAUACAUGAGAUGAAGGUGGGUGGUUUGCAGAUGCCCUGGUGUGGUCUGCUCCUUCUUGCCAAUCAAACAUUUGUCAUCCUUAUCUCUCCUCCUUUUUUGUCUUUGUUACUCUCUUGUAACACCUCUAAUCUUCAGCAAUUAUAUGACCUUAUAUUGUGUUGCAAGUGCCGUAAAACACUUACAUGUACUAAAACAAAAACAAAAAAAUUAUUCUUGAGAGAUCUGAAUUGAUUCGUCUAACUGGUCUUGUAAAACAUAGGCUUGUUGUAGCAAAAUACAUCAUUUUGUCAACAAUUUGUUUUAUUGUCACUUCCAGUAAUUUAAUUGGUUACCAUUCUAUGAUGAUGUGUUAUGUUUGUCCAUGUACACUGACGCAACCUGAACCAUUUACCAGCACUUUCAGUGCAUUCAUCUUGUAAAUAAAUGAAGUACAUACUU